AUGAUUUCUAAGAAGAUCCUCCUUGGAUUGGCCUUGUGUCUCUUAGGUGCAAGCUCUGCUCCCACUCCUUCGUCCGAGGGCGGUGCUACACAGGCGAAACGGGAUGACGCCGAUGCCGCCUACGGAAUUGGCUAUCCUGCCAAGCGGGACGACGCCGAUGCCGCCUACGGAAUUGGCUAUCCUGCCAAGCGGGAUGACGCCGAUGCUGCCUACUUGAUAGGCUAUCCUGCCAAGCGGGACGACGCCGAUGCUGCCUACUUGAUAGGCUAUCCUGCCAAGCGGGAUGACGCCGAUGCUGCCUACUUGAUAGGCUAUCCUGCCAAGCGGGAUGAUGCCGAUGCUGCCUACGGAAUAGGGUAUCCUUCUAAGGCCUAG